CGGUUCUAAGAAAACUCAUUUGCUAUCAUUAUAGCUGCACUAUUUUACCCACUCCAUUGACCCACCAAGAACGUCCUUGCUGAUCUUCAACCAGGACAUUACUGUGCCGUUAUCCAUUUUUCCUUCCAACCUACUUUCAGCCAUGAAGAAUGCGUACUUGUAACUGAUCAAGCAAUAGACUCAGCUGUCAGGCCCAGGCUGUCUUCGUCGCGUCCAUUGGAGCAUUAUUAAGUCCUGCGGGUGCUAGGAGCCAUGGCGGAGAAUCGUGGCAAGCCUCGAGGAGAGCUAGCGGAGCUUAGCGCCCAGCUGCAGAACCUCUGCACAGCUGGGAAACGGACUGAGCGAGAGCUGCGCAAUGCAAAGAAGGAUGUCUUCAAGAAGGUCAUCAACUACAUGACCCUGGGCAUGGAUAUGUCCGCCUUGUUCCCUAUGAUGACCUCCUGCGCCAACCUCAGCUCCGACGACCUGGUGCUCAAGAAGAUGCUGUACCUGUACCUAACGCAUUACGCUUCCCAAACUCCGGACCUGGCGUUGCUCACAAUCAAUCAGCUGCAAAAGGAUUGCGCGGACCAUGAUCCCAUGAUUCGCGGCCUGGCGUUGCGCAGCCUGUGCUCGCUGCGUGUGGCCAACUUCCUGGAGUACGUGGUUACUCCCAUCAUGACGGGUCUGUCCGACCGUCACCCCUACGUGCGGCGUACGGCGGUGAUGGGGGUGCUCAAGGUGCACCACAUCGACCCCACCACCGUGGCGCAGCAGGGCAUGGUGGAGCGAGUGAAGCGGCUGCUGUCCGCCGACUCGGAUGUGCAGGUCAUCGCAAACUGCCUGUCGGUGCUCAUGCAGCUGGAGCCCCCCAGCCGGCUGGUGGAGAGGGCCUUCCUGUACUCGCUGCUCAACCGGAUCAAGGAGUUCAGCGACUGGGGUCAGUGCCAGGUCCUGGAGCUGGCGUCCCACUACCCGCCCUCCGGCGAGGCCGAGGUGUACGACCUGCUGAACGCGCUGGAGGACCGCAUGGGCCACACCAACAGCGCGGUGGUGCUGGCCACCAUCAAGGUCUUCCUGCGCCUCACCAUCAACAUGACCGCCACACACCAGCAGGUCCUGGAGCGAAUCCGCGAGCCCCUUAAAACCCUCAUCAGCCGCGACGACGCAGCCACCGCCUACGCAGCCCUCUCCCACGUGCUGCUGCUGGCCCAACGCGCGCCCAUGAUCUUUGAAAACGACGCCACCGCCUUCUUCUGUCGUACUCACGACCCGUGGUUCGUUAAGAAACUGAAGCUGGAGAUCUUGGCUGCCAUCGCCAACAGCUCCAAUGUGUACGACAUAGUUACGGAGCUGACGGAGUAUGCGCGCGACAUAAGCCCCACGAUGGCGCGGGAGGCGGUGCGAGCGGUUGGUCGUAUCGCGCUGGCGGUUCCCGACUCGGGCGGCAUCAUCGAGCGGCUGCUGCUGUUCCUGGACGCGGGGAACGCAGGCGGCAGCAGUGGAUCCGAGCACCUCGUGUCCGAAGCGCUCGUGCAACUGGCUGACGUGGUUCGCCGCUACCCCGACACCGCACACGUGGUGGUGGGAGCUCUCGGAGAUCUCGGUGUGUACGGCAACAUCACGGAACCCGCGGCUCGCGCGUCGUACGUUUGGCUUAUCGGACAGUUCGGGGCGUUGGUUCCCGAGGCGCCGUACAUUCUGGAGCCCUUUGUGGAGGGUUUCGCUGCGGAGGAGCCUGCCGUACGGCUGGCGCUUCUGACGUCAGCGGUGCAGCUGUUCUUCCGGCGGCCUCCCGAGGCGCGGGGGCUGUUGGGGGCUGCGCUGGCUGCGGGGGUGGCGGAUGAGCACAUGGAUGUGCGGGACAGGGCACUGAUGUACUACAGGCUGCUCCGCGCCGACGCCGCAGCCGCCGAGCGUGUGAUCGCCCCGCCGCUGCUGGUGGUUCCCUGGUUCUCCGAGGCGCUGUCACCGGAGGCGCGGGACGCGGUGUUUGAGGAGUUCAACUCGCUGAGUGUGGUGUUCCAGCAGCCCUCGGGCGCCUUCAUUGAGCGGCAGGCCUACCACUCCCUGGAGUCCGAGCCCGAGCCGCCGGCACCCGCAGCAACAACAGGAGACCUGCUUGCGCUGGAGGCUCCGGAGCUGGUUAACGCCCAGCGAGCCACCAACCUGCUGGCGGAUGCCGACAUGGACGGAGGAGCUGGGGGCGCCGGGGGCAGCGGGCGGGACACACCCUCCGCCGCCGCUGCAGCAGCCGCCCUGGGGUCCGACCUGCUUGACCUCAGCCUGGGGCCGGAUGUGGCGGCGUUGCCGGGGGCAUCGGGAAGCAUGGGGCCCGGGGGGAUGUACGGCGGACCCAUGCCGCACCCCUCGCCCGCAUACACCGUGCUGCCACCCACUCCGCAGCCGCCGCAGAUUGGUAGCUUGCAGCAGCAGCAGCCGGGGCAGCAGCAGCAGCAAUGGGACAUGUUGGGAAGCCUAAUGGGACCUCCACCACCUCUUCCUCCCCCGCAGCAGCAGCAGCAACAACACCAGCUGCAGCCACUGCCUCAGCAGUGGGGUGGAGCACCACCGGUGCAAGGGCUGCCACCCCAUCAGCAGCAGCAGCACCACAUGAUGAUGGCGGGCGGGGUUGGGGCUGCUCCUGCUCCUGCUGCUGCUGCACCUCCUGCUAGCGGAGCUGGUGUGGGAGGUGUUGCCAUGCCAUUACCCGGUGGCAUGGCGAUGUUUGGAGGCGGGGCAGGGGGAGGCCGAGCAGCAGCAGCAGCAGGGCCGGGAGCAGGAGUGGGGGAGCUGCUGGGAUUGCUGGAUGAGGGCCCGAUGAUGCGAGGGCCUGGGGGUGGGAUGACGAUGGUGGGUCAGCAGCAGCCGCAGCAGCCGCAGCCGCAGCAGCAGCAGCCGGCACAUGCAGCGCCGGUGCAGGAGCUAGUGCUGAACUCCAAGGCCCGCAUGACCCCUGGGUCGUUCCAGGACGAGUGGCGGCGCCUGUCCCCCGCCCACUCCGCCUCCCUCACCGUGUCGGCCGCCAGCGUGGCGUCCCUGACCGCCAACAACCACCGUGACUUCACGCAGCACAUGGCGCAGGCAAACAUACACACCAUUGCGAGUGGGGGGCAGCCGCCUAACUUCAGGUACUACUUCUACGGCCAGCAGCAGCAGUCGCCCGCUGCAGCUGCAGCCCCCUCCUCGGCCGCCUCCCUGUUCCUAGUAGAGCUGCUGCUGCGGGGUGUCGGGGCGGCGGGGGGCAGUCUCACGGUAACCGUCAAGACCACGGAUGCAGCCCGACUGCCCGCAUUCCUGGAGAUAUGGAACGCAUGUCUGGCAGGGUACCUGGGGUGAUCGGGGGAAGCAGGCUUGGAAGCUGGGUAGCAGUGCUAGCGGGGAAGCGGCGCAAGCGGGGUAGUGGUGGCCUGGCGGUGCUGGGGGGGCGGGUUCGUCUUCGGGCAGUGUGACGGAAAGGAGGACGGAGGGAUGGGAUAGGGUGGCGUGUGUUGGGGUGUUCUUUGCGUGAGGAGGCAGUGGGGACUUGGUUAGCGUGGGGGUCCAAUGCACGGCGUCUGAAUAGUUGCGCAGCCGGUGCAGUUGGAGGGGGGUGUUGCCUGUUUAGGCAGGUGGCUGGGCUUGGGGUGUGUGCGAGGGAGGGGCGGUGUUUUGGUCACAGGAAGAAGGCACGUGGCGGAAGGAUGAUCGUGAUGGCUACUUCAGGAUGCUUGCGACGGUUUCAACAUGUGGAUAAAUCUCCUGUACGUACGUGGGUGCCCUUCAACAGGGGGCCCGUACCUAACAACUUGCGGGAGACCUGUAACAGGCUUACCCAUGCGCCAUGCCCAAGAGCAAACCCUUGCAGCUGCUGACUUGUCCAUAUCCUGGGUACACGAAUGGCAUUAACAUCGCAGCGCUUGUGAAGCAUACGCACACGCAUGCGUCACGUAACCUGUUUGAAGGCGACAUAACAUGGGG